AAAUAUCAAGUUCAACUUGACGUUGGCGCAAAUUCCAAAUUCUACAAAGUGGAGAGGAUCACAAGACGUGUAGAGUUAAGCGAAUGAAUACUGUAGAAGAUUUGGAUGUAAAUCCCAAGAUCAAGACAUCUAUGAGGAAAGUUGGACUGACAUCAUAUGGACAAAUUCUGACUCUUUCUUCACAAGACAUAGAGAGACUGGCUAAACUGAGCCAGGGGGAAGUGACAGGACUGAAAACUGCUAUAGCACAGCAAGUAUUGACUCACCCUCUGUUGACAGCUCUUGACCUACAAAGAGGUACAAAAAAUUGUCUACAGAAUCUGAUAAUUGGUAAACUUUCUACAGGAUGCAAGCAAAUUGAUGAUGCAUUAAGAGGAGGUAUAUUAUCCCAAGGUAUCACUGAGAUAUCUGGGGAGAGUGCCAGUGGGAAGACCCAGUUCUGUCUCCAGCUGUGUCUAACCGUACAGCUUCCUCCAGAGGAAGGGGGUCUGGCAGCAGGAGCUGCAUACAUCUGUACAGAGGAUGCAUUUCCCAGUAAACGACUGAGCCAGAUGAUCAGCUAUUUCAGGCAGCGGUCAGAGAAACGCAAACAGAUUCCUUUCGGAGACAAUAUCUUCAUUGAGCACGUAGCUGACCUGGACAGUUUGAACUCGUGCAUACAUCAGAAGCUGCCCCACCUGCUGUCCAGUGGUAGUGUUAAACUAGUGAUUGUGGAUUCCGUGGCUGCAGUGUUUCGGUGUGACUACGAGCUAAAGGACAUGUACAAACGUUCAAAACACAUGGCUUCUUUGGCUGCCAGUCUACAUCGAAUCAGCUCCAAAUACUGUCUACCCAUUGUGUGUGUUAAUCAGGUGACAGAUUCCAUGCAGAGUAUAGGCAAGAAAAAUAUCCCGGCCCUUGGACUGGCCUGGUCCAAUCAGAUCACCUGUCGACUCAGUCUAUCCCGGACUAAUCGGGAAGUGGACCUUCCCCGGAUCAUCCUCAAAGGAUCAGUAAUUGGGGGAUUCCCCACCUCUAUCCGGACCUUGGAAGUAGUGUUUGCUCCGAAUCUCCCCAACCUUUCACUGAUGUAUGUAAUUGAUCAGGAGGGGAUCAAGGCCUUAACAUAGCAACAACAUGUUAUAUAUAUAUAUAUUGAUGUAAUGUAUAUAAUGUUUAUGAAUUUGUUCCUUUGUAUGUUUCUUGGUUUCAUGUUUUCAGUCACAUAAAAGAACAAAAAAAGA